AUGCACCAGGAGGUUCCCAGUGACCUGCUUUGCCAAGGAGGCCAGCAGCUUUUGCCACGGAAAAAUUCAAUGACAAGCACAGUCGCUGUACAUCGCCUGCAGAUUUUACAGGGUUUUCAUCCCACAGGCUCCAUCCCCACGCCCACCUUCUCCCACCAUUUUUCCACUGUUUCCACUGAGGAAAAGGAAUCCUAUAGAAUAUCCACUAUCCAAAACCUUCACUCUUUUGAUCCCUUUACUGAUACAAGUAAGGGUGAUGAUCUGCAUCCUACUGGCACUGAGGAUUAUAUCCUCAGAAUUCAACAGAGAGGGAGCAACAACAGGAAGACCCCUAGUACUAUCUACGGGAUCACUAAUGAUUAUGAUAAAAAGAAACUAAAACUAAUGAAAGCAUUUAAGAAGAAAUUUGCCUGCAAUGGUACUAUAAGUGAGCUUCCAGAAUAUGGAGAAGUAAUUCAGCUACUGGGAGACCAGUACAAGUAUAUAUGCCAGUUCCUCCUCACAGAGAUUGGACUGGCUAAGGACGACCAGCUGAAGUUUCAUGGGUCUUAAGUGCUUUUGGCUCACUGAAGCUUAAGUGAGGAUUUC